AUGGCUGAGAAAAUGUCUCAGGAUACAUCUGAGCACUUGAAUCAAGAUUCCACCGCGGUAAACACUGCGCCAGAAGAUCAAGAACCCCCGCCGUAUUCAGCGCAUGGACCAGCUGAAAGCUCAGCAGCUCCCAAAUCAGGCUACUCCAAGGCUCGAGAGGCCGGUUAUACUGAAGCCUCAACUGUUACCCCUCAGCAAGGUUCGUCAUCAGCUCCAGUGACACCAUCUUCAAGUCAUCGUCGGCCCAUCGCUAUCCCAGCCAUCGACUACGCUCGCGAGUCUCCUUUUCUCCGCUCCUAUGCGCCCGUGUUGAACGAGCAUAAUAUUCCCAAGGACAAAUUCCUCGCUUUCUUGGAUGAGCUGAACGAUGUCAUGACCACCAGCCCGCCUAUGCAGGUGCUAGAUGCAACAGGUGGCAUCCUCAAAUCCGUGCCCAUCUUAUUUCCUCUCCACUGGAUUGGCUCAGCAGUCAGCGGGCUGGCAAAUCUUGGUGGGCAAGGGAUCUCGAAGAGUCGAUCCGACACGGCCAUGCGACAAGCCAACAAGGAGCUAUUUGCGCCGCAUGGCCUAAAAGCUGAAAUUGCCAAGUUGGACGCUUUAGCCCAUAUCGCAAAGAUUCCCAUUUUAGACUCUCAGGGCAAAGUCAACAAACACGCAUCUCUGAUUCAACAGCUGGGCGAGCUCUCCACCGCUCCAGUGGACGAAUCGCAGGAACUCGAUUUGCAGCAACGUCGAAUUCGAGUUCUGCAGCCGUGGAUUGCCGAGCUUGAGUUGUAUAUUAAGCCUUGGACUUCGAAGUCUAGGCUGACCCGCUUUAACGCGGCGUUGAAGAAGAGGAACGAUGCGAAGUAUCAGGAUCCUUCGUCUAGCAUGGAAUCUGGCGCAGCGGAGGAAGACAUGGGUUUUCGUAAGAGUCUCUGGCUGAUCAUUCGAAGGGCUGAAGACGAGAAUUAG